AUGCCUGAGCAAGUACAGCAGAGGGGAAAUUCGGAGCAGGGUUCUACCUUCCGGACCAUCGCCCAGGCCGUGGGUUUUUUCUUCAUAGCCCAAGCCCUCGUUGGAAAAUUAUUGGGUGGAAAUCAGCAGGAUGCCGCUCCUGGAUCUGGCUUGUCGCCUGGUGCAAUCCCAGCGUUUACGAACCGUCCAGCGCCCGGCGAAGUCUCGGAUUACAGUCCCAUCCCCAAUGUCAUCGCUCCGAUGUGGCCUAGUGACAGUGCCCUAGACAUGAAGAUUUACGUUUCCCCGUCGAUUGUCAUUCCUACUCAUAGUGUGCUUCCGAGUGCAUCGCUUGUUCUUGACGAGAGGAACUUUACCGUUGGAAACUACAGUGACUCCCGGGAAAUCGAUACCAUGAUCAAUAUCCCCAAGGAAGCACAGCAAAACGGAACACUCUGGGCCCAUUUCUACGUCGGACUUACUGGUACACAAUUGGACCCUGCGGCCAAGGAUUACAACACCGAUAAGGCCUUUCAUUUUUUCCGUCCGCUCAAUCAGUACCUUCCGAAGAAAAAGGUCAAAAAGCUUAAGAACCUGCUCUCAAGCUCUGAGGAACCUGAGGAAGAAGAGGAGGACAACACUCCGAAUGUGCAGAUGGUGUCGUACUAUCAUCCAAAUUUCACGGUCUCCGUUAUCCCCGAUGCUGGAAACCAGAACUACCGCUCAGUUCACCCUGCCGUUCGACAGUAUAUUCAACUGGAGUCGACUGGUGCUAGAGAUGCCAGCGGUCAGAAUGGGUGGUACUAUCCCAUGGUCUUCUUGAACACUUUCUGGCAGCUCAGAAGUCAUAUGACGGAACUCAACUCUACUGUUGAUACCAUGCCGCUGCGCAUCACGCUGAACAAUCUGCAAAACUGGAAGUUUUCCAUGAUCACCAGCUUUGAUGAAGGUUCGAAGCAGAAUGUUCGUCAGGCGGCAUACGGUGGCCAGACCCCGGGUGGUGGCGAUGGCAGUGAGUUUGAGAUGGUUAAGGAGGUCCUGUUGAAUACGAAUAUCUGGUUGUUGGGUACGACUGGUGUCGUUACUAUUCUCCACAUGGUGUUCGAGACACUGGCGUUCAAGAACGACAUUUCUCAUUGGCGCAAGAAGAAGGAUGUAAUUGGAACAUCAGUUCGCACCAUUCUUGCCAACGUUUUCAUGCAAGCGGUUAUCUUCCUGUACCUCCUGGAUAACAGUGAGAACACUUCCUGGAUGAUCCUUGCCAGCCAAGGUUUCGGAAUCCUCUUGGAAGCGUGGAAGAUCACCAAGUCUGUCGAUGUCCGCUUGCGCCCACCACCAGCCGGAUCUUUCUUUUCUUUCCUCCCUUAUGUGAUUGUGUUUGAAGAUAAGCACAAGCUCACUGAGACCGAGAAGAAGACUCAGGAAUAUGAUGAGAUCGCCUUCCGCUGGCUGUACAUCCUUGCUGUCCCGCUUCUGGGUGGGUAUGCUGUGUAUAGUUUGAUCUACGAUACGCAUAAGUCGUGGUAUUCCUACAUCAUCGAGACUCUUGUUGGAAGUGUUUACGCUUAUGGCUUCUUGAUGAUGGUUCCCAGUCUGUACAUCAACUACCGUCUCAAGUCCGUUGCCCACAUGCCUGGAAAGGCGUUGACUUACAAGUUCCUCAACACUUUUAUCGACGAUCUCUUCGCGUUCACAGUCAAGAUGCCCUGGCUCCAUAGACUUUCCACAUUCCGUGACGAUAUCAUCUUCUUCAUCUGGCUUUACCAAGGCUGGAAGUACAAGGUUGACUACAAGCGUGUCAACGAAUUCGGGCAGGGAGGCGACAGCGACGAAGAAGAAGAGGUAAUGGAAGAAGAGGAGAAGGCCCCCGCUGCACCGGAGCAAACCAAGGCUUCUGGCUCUGGUAAGGAUGAUUCCAAGUCUGCGCGGAAGCGCAAGUGA